GACUUAGAAGAAAAUUAGAUUAUAGUUCAAAUGAUCAUGAAUUUACUCAUAAUUAUCUGGCUGUAAUGAAAGUAAGAAGUUUGUUAAAAAAUCAGAUAAUACAAAAUAAUGAAGAUAAUGUUGAAAAUAUAUUAUCUGAGGAUAAAGAAGAUGAUAAGAGUUAUGAAAUUUCAGAAGUUAAAACAAAAAAACAGUCACUUUGUGUUAUUUUUAAUAAUGCAAAAGAAGAAAUUGGAUGCUAUAAUUCAGCAGCUAGAUUAAUAUCAUUAACUUAG